CAAUUUUCAUCGCAAUAUAUAAACACAAUCAGAGCUUGAAGAAGAUCAGAACUCAUAGCAAAAGUCAUUAGCUUUCCUUUGCAAUCAAUCAGAUCCAAUUACCAUUCGAUCGCAACCUUCCAUGGCAGGAACAGGGGAAGAGGCACAAACCCAGCAGCUGCAACAAUCAACAGGGCAGGAGGUGGUAGACACCAAGAAAUGGGGAACCCACGUCAUGGGACCGCCGGCGGCGCCAGCAGUGCACCCGGACAAUCAAAAGGCGGCAUCUUGGAACGCCGGCGACCACCAGCAAAUCCCGGAGCAGCCUUAUCUCAUCUACACCCCUGUAGAAAAGCCCGCCAGCAGCAACCCUCUUGAGCCAGUGAUCCACAUGUUCAACACCUGGAGCGCAAAAGCAGAGACCAUCGCCAAAAACAUUUGGCACAAUCUGAAUACAGGGCCGUCGGUGACAGAGGCAGCGUGGGGGAAAAUGAACCUGACGGCCAAGGCCAUAACAGAGGGAGGAUUCGAGUCGAUGUUCAAGCGCAUAUUUGAAACCCAUCCCGAAGAGAAGCUGAAGAAGACAUUCGCAUGUUACCUUUCCACCACCACCGGUCCCGUCGCCGGCACUCUGUACCUCUCCACUGCUCGGGUCGCCUUCUGCAGCGAUCGGCCUCUCUGCUUCACAGCUCCAUCGGGGCAGGAAGCAUGGAGCUACUACAAGGUCCGGUUUUGCUUACUUUCAGGGCUAAUUAGUCCUAACCGCGGCGAUGAAAUCAAAAUUUCUGACGAGUGAUUAAUUUGAUGCACACAGGUUGUGAUUCCGGUGGAGAAGAUAAGCUCGGUGAACCCUGUGGUAUUGAGAGAGGAUCCGCCGGAGAAGUACAUCCAGGUUUCCACGAUGGACGGUCACGAAUUCUGGUUUAUGGGGUUCGUUAAUUUCGAGAAGGCCACAAAUCACUUGCUUGAGGGUGUCUCCAAUUUCAGGGCCGGAGUUGUCGUUGCUUAGAUUCAGCACCCCUGUUUCCGGGCAGAUAUUGGUUCCUUUAUAUGUAUGUAGUUAGAGCUAUGUGUAGAUAACUUGUUUGUUCAUUCCAUGGAUCUUUAUAUGGUCUACCAGUCUACCUGAUCGAAGUGCUGUUGUUUGUUGAUGGUAUAAGUUUUUUUUCCUCUUCUCUUCCCUGGAUGGUUGGCCCCAGGUUCAAACCAUUCUCAUUGGUUUUACAAUGAUGAUAAUGUUUGAUAGGAUAAUUCAUUAUAAUAUAUGUAUAUAUUAUACCGUAGAAUAGUUGCGCACAUAAUAAUA